UAAGGAUAAGCUCCUGGUGUAUGUUUCAGAAAACGGAACAACCAGAGUCACAAGUAUAGUAAAAUGUUUUUUCAUAGUGGUAUUAAAUUACAGAGAAAGUCGAUGUAAUUUUAAAACCUCUCUACUUUCUGGAUUUGGAUUAAAACGGAGGAGCUCUGAUAUUGCGCACUGAAAAUGGAACACAAAGGAUUCACGAUAAAUGGUUCGAUCAGCUGCUGGAUUUUUUUCGUAUUUACGUUGUGUACCAGCCGUGGAGACAUAGGAUAUUCUAUCCCGGAGGAGAUGAGACGUGGUUCUGUGAUUGGAAAUAUUGUCAAGGACCUUGGGCUCGAUGUUAAAAGGCUAUCCGAUCGAAAUGUCCGUUUAGAUGCCGACAGGACCAGCAGAGGCUAUUGUGACAUAAAUCUGAGUACCGGCGAUUUGAUUGUAGCAGAGAGAAUAGACAGAGAGGAGCUUUGUGGAUCGAGAGUCUCGUGCACUUUAAAUUAUGAGCUGAUACUUGAAAUUCCGCUAGAACUACAUCGUAUAGUAAUACAAAUUGAGGACAUAAACGACAAUUCACCACAAUUUACAAAUGAUCGUAUUGAACUUGAGAUAAGAGAAUCGUCUUUAAAAGGCGCCCGUUUUCUCUUGGAUGAGGCGUAUGACCCAGACAUCGGGAAGAACUCAGUUGAAACGUAUGCUCUACAGAAUAAUGACCAUUUUGUGUUGAUUGUUAAUACAAACGUAGAUGGUGGAAAAUACGCUGAGUUGGUGUUAGAAAUAGAGCUGGAUCGUGAACAACAGCAAGAGAUUACACUAUUACUGACCGCCAGUGACGGUGGGACUCCGCAGAGAUCAGGUACAGCAGUAAUAUACGUCACUGUGUUGGAUGCUAAUGAUAAUUUACCCGUGUUUAGCCAAGCUGUGUAUAAAGUAAGUCUGCCUGAAAAUUCACCGUUAGAUUUUGUAGUGUUUACAGUUAGUGCUACGGAUGCAGACGAGGGACCGAACGGAGAAGUGACGUAUGAUUUCGGCCGUGUUUCAGAGAAAGUGAAGAGAUUAUUUUCAGUAAACAAGAAAACAGGGGAUAUUAAAACAAUGGGGAAUCUCGACUUUGAAGAAGAAUCUUACUAUGAAAUGCAAAUUCUGGCUAAAGACGGAUCAGGUUUAGCAACGAAUUCCAAAGUCGUAGUCGAAAUUACCGAUGUGAAUGACAACGUGCCGGUAAUAUUUCUUAAGUCACCGAACAACCCCGUUCCCGAAAACGCAUCACCUGGUACAGAAGUAUGUAUUAUUAAUGUGCAAGAUAACGACUCUGGUCAAAAUAAAAAUAUUCGCUGCUCAAUUCAGCUAAAUGUUCCAUUUAAAUUAGUACCGUCAAUUAAAAAUUAUUAUUCAUUGGUAACAACCAGCGAGCUGGAUCGUGAGGUAGUGACAGAUUACAAUAUAACAAUCACUGCCACCGACGAGGGAUCUCCACCGUUGUCCUCAUCGAAGACAAUUCAGUUAUCGGUGUCAGACGUUAAUGACAACUCACCUGUGUUUGACAAGCAAUCCUACAGCGCUCAAGUGACUGAAAAUAACAAACCCGGAUCCUCUAUUUGCUCUGUUACGGCGAGAGACCCGGAUUGGAGACAGAACGGCACAGUCUUCUAUUCCCUGUUACCCAGUGAGGUUAAUGGGGUUCCGGUGUCCUCGUUUUUAUCCAUUAACGGAGACACGGGGGUGAUCCAUGCUGUGAGAUCAUUUGAUUACGAGCAGUUCAGAAGCUUCAAAGCCCAGGUUGUAGCCAGAGACAAUGGUUCGCCUCCGCUCAGCAGCAACGUGACUGUGAGCGUCCACAUGACAGACCAGAAUGAUAACUCCCCGCUGAUAUUAUACCCGGCUCCUGCAGGGAGCUCCAUCAUGACUGAGAUGGUCCCCAGAGCUGCUCCAGCGGGCUCCCUGGUUUCCAAGGUGAUCGCCGUGGAUGCUGACUCUGGCCAGAACGCGUGGCUGUCAUAUCAGAUCGUUAAAUCCACCGAUCCGGGACUUUUCAGUAUCGGACAAUAUAGCGGAGAGAUCAGGGCUCAGCGGGACAUUGUUGGUACUGACAGCAUGAAGCAGAACCUUGUUAUUUUGGUGAAGGACAACGGACAUCCGUCUCUUUCUGCGACUUGUACAGUAUAUUUAGUAAUUUCAGAUAACUUGUCUGACCUUCCCGAGGUUAAAAAUGCGUCUUAUGAGGAGCCCAGUUCUAAAUUGACCACAUAUUUGAUCAUCGCCCUUGUCUCCGUGUCCACCUUUUUCCUCACCUUCAUCAUUCUCGUUGUGGCCGUGAGGUUGUGUCACAGGAGGAAACCUCGGAUGCUGUUUGACGGCGCAGUCGCCAUUCCCAGUGCGUAUUUGCCGCCCAACUACGCAGAUAUGGAGGGAGCGGGAACUCUGCGCAGCUCUUAUAAUUAUGACACGUACCUGACAACGGGCUCGCGCACCAGUGACUUCAAGUUCGUCACAUCUUACAAUGACACUCUGCAAGUGGACCAUACUGUGAGGAAGAGUCCAGGUGAUCCAGGUGGAGAGGAUAUAACAGAGCGGAUGGAGAGACGACAAUGCAAUGAGUCAAUAGAUCCUCCACACCAUUGUUAGUCUACAUGUUGGGAAACUCACAGCAAUCCCGGAUUCUCGAAAACGA